AUGUAACAGAUUGGUACACUUGAGCCUUGUUAACAGCUCUGUGCAUCUUUGCUAAAAAUCAAAUGUAUUUGAGAUACUAGUUGGUUUACAAGUGAAGAUUUAUAUUGCUGGAGUUCCAGGGCUGUAAAGUUGGGCUACAAGGCCUGUAUGAAUGGGAUGAGGCCCACAAAGCAAAAUGAAAAGUGGAUUAUUAGAGGAUGAUAAGUAGCUUAGGAUAGUAUAGAUUAGGGUUUCUUGUCUUCUAGGUGUCAAAGGGAUUUUGAUAUCUGAGAAAAAUGACUAUGAUACUCAAGAAAAUUCUUGUGUAUGUGGUGUAACUGGAAAUAGGGAGGUUUGAGUUUGACAAAAGCUGGAUAAAUAGGAGAAUAAAGAUAAUACAGUUUUAGGAACAACUCAUUUUUGAUAAGGAGUUUUAAGCAUUAUUCUUAGUGUCUUACGGGCAUCAAACUUCAGGUUGAGUGGCAUCGCAUAGUUCAGGUGACAGAACAGUGGCUGAAGGGUUUUUUGUUUACUCAGCUUUGUCAUAAAUUGGUACAUUGAAGAAAUAUUUGCAAACUUUCUUUUAAACAAAAGAAAGGAAAGAGAUGCUGUGAAACUUGAAGUGCAUAUCUUUAUUGUAGGAUUCAGAAGCCAACUUGAAAUAGGUAAACCCGAAAUAAUAAUUCUUUUUUUUUAAUCAGGAAGGAAAUGGUUGAACCCGAAAUGAUAAUUCUUUCCACUGAAAACGAAUAAUCUUAUUUCUUUGACCUGAAAUAUGCUGGCUCAUUUGCAGAAACUGCCAGUUGUCUGUCAUAUAAACUUGAUCUUAGCCACAAGGCCGGUAAAGGUAUUGUCUGCCAUCUAAACUGAUUUUGUGCACAAACUAAGACAGAUUAUGAUCUAGUUUGUUUUUUUGAGAAUGGUAACAACGAUUAUGAUCUAGUUUACAACGUCCUAUACAAUAAAGUGCAUCUGCAUUUGAGCAAGCUUCUGAAGUAAAAGUUUCCUCCGUGAUAUCCCCCAAGUUGUAUGAGGUGUUCCGCAAUCUAGCCAUAAAGAGAGCCUGUGCUACGCACUUGAUUAUGAAUUUACUUGAAUGUUGUAUAAGAACUUCUGGUGUUCUGGUUCAGUGUUAAGAGCGCAGCGUGAUGCGUUGAUGAGGCGCACGCCACAGUUUGAAGUUCGCGACAGAAAAAAGCUUGGUAUUUAAGUGGAGAAGGAUAAAGGGACGGGACCAUUAUCCACUGCGUUUCGAAUUGUGUACCCACUGUCGAGGAUUUCUCGAUUAUCCCAAAAAAAAGAACUAUGGUGGUAACUAAAAUAAAAUAAGGAGAUUGUAUAAUUUGAAAUUACAGACACUAGUUAUAACUACUUCUAUAUAUCAGUGCAUUUUGCGUUGAAAUGAAGUUCUAAAAUCUCAGAAGUUUCCACUUUGUCUAAAAAUGAUCUCACACAAAUUCGCUAUGCACCUUUUGUACUUGUAAUUUCUACCAAACACUUACAAAUUGUUACUUUUGCUCCAGCCAUGGUGGCUGACGUCCUAUGUGUACUGUGUUCUUAAUUAAGCAACUUUGUGCGAGUACAAGUUUGCUUAUUCCAUAUGUUAUGCUAUGCUGGAGGUCCCUUCUAAUAUUAUAAAUCUGCUAUGAUAGAUCGAUAUCUCAUCAAUCAUGGGCAAAGGUUCUGAAAUAGUGCUGAAUGCUGGAGAUGGUAGUUGCAGGCUUCAAUUGGACCGCCGUGUAUCUAUGGAUAUUCUGCAGCAGGUUUCUCUUUAUUCUAAGCGCGUGACCCCUGUCUAUGGUGCAUACUUCCUUUUUGUUGUAACCCUACUUUUUGGUGGGACAUGGGCUUGCUGCAAGCUAAGGAAGAAGAAACAUCAAGAUGGAGUUCCAUAUCAGGAAUUAGAGAUGGGAGUACCAGAAUCUGCCUCAGCUACAAAUAUUGUUGCAGCAGAUGGUUGGGAUCAGGAUUGGGAUGACGAUUGGGAUGAGGAGAAUGCAGUGAAGUCACCAGGUGGACAUACUUAUGGGAAUAUCUCUGCUAAUGGCCUCACGUCUAGGUCUUCUAAAAAAGAUGGAUGGGAAAAUGACUGGGAUGAUUAGUAAUAGAAUAUCCAAGAGAAAGAAUGUUUUUUUUAUUGUUACAGGAGGUACAUACACCACGGAAGAGCUAAACAACGUUUAAAGACCUUUUUGUAAUUUAAAUCUUCACUUUUUAUUUUUGUUUUUACCAAUUUGGAUAUUCUUUCUUUUAGCACAUUCUUUUGACAGAAGGUUUUGGUUCUAGAUACUACAAUAUGUUGUUACAUAUGUGUUUUCAUUGUUGAAACGAGUUUUGUACACGAUUUGGAAUGAUCCUUUAAUUGAAGUGCAAUAUAGCAAAUUAUACCUACUUGCUCAA